UGCAGCUCGCUCAGAGCCGACGAGUGAAUGAAGCGCGCGACCAAGAAGCACCAUGCCCGGAGGAGGGGAAAACCCCGUGGCGAUCCGGGCCAGGCCCCCAAAGAUGCCGAUGGGACCAAGGGGUACUUCACUGUAAGUAAAAUGAACCCCAUCGCAAAGACAUCCCCUUCUAGUAUUCCAGAAUCAGAUACUCUGCGUUUAGUAAGCGAACAUAAAGUAGACUCAUCAAGCUCUGUCAAUUCAAAUCCUGAUAAACAACCUGCUAGAGAUAGAGCAGCUAAAAUAAUACAGAAAGCUUGGUUAUGUUAUUCGGACAAAGUGAUAUUUCAGCUUCUAAAGCAUACAGUCUGUGCAGCGGAAUUUUAUGCAACACAUGAAAUUCUGAAGAAAGUAAGCCCCUCGGAGGCUGAGCUUAUUAAAGAUCCUAGCAUGAAACACAAAAUUCGAUUCAGAUUUAGUGGCGAAAAAUUUCCACCUUACAUUGUGUUUAAAAUUUUUCUUCAUACCGAAGGCCGUGGUUACAAGUAUUUCAGUGGAAAAAAUUUAUUGAAGUCAUCAAUUGAGGCAGCAUCUGAUAUUUAUAGAUUGGUAGGGAAAAAGAAAUUUUACAACCAAAUUAUGAAAGAUGAACAUCUUAACCAGAGGUUUAAAAUAUCUGAGGAAAUAGAUGUUAUCACCGUUCGAGAUUACAUGCAGUAUUCCAGCCUUCUCGAUGAGAUCCCCGCAUCUUCUGGUGGUAGAAAUAAUUAUUGGCGGAGAUUAAACCUUGAAAACAUUCCCAGGACCAUGUUAAUGUAUGACAUAGUUGAUUUUGUGCAGUCUGGAAUAAUCUCAGCCCGUCUACAAAAAGUAAUAAAGUAUCUAUCACGGAGACCAAAAACAGAAGAGAUGCGUCAGCACCAGCUCCGGAUUGUUUCUGAAGUUAGUCCUUUUAGGCAGUCUUCAUCUCUUUCACGAGUCAAAACUUUGCGUUGUUCCCAAGAAGAAAUUCAAGAAAUUAAGCAACUGGGCAGUCCAACCAAGCAAGCUGAAAUGAGAAGGGAAAAAAUCAAAAAGGUCUAUAACAUGGCUAAAGGAAAAAAUGCUCCUUCAGGGAAUGAACAACAAAGGAACAUACCAAAGACAAAAAAACAACGGAAGGUCGUCUUCUCCACUCCGUCUCUUGACAGUGUGAAAAUUAAUGAACUGGGUUCAGAAGAUGAAAUGGAUAAAGAAGACGAGCCACUUUCCUGGCCUUAGAGCAUUAGUGAUUAAUGAUAUUAAUACACAGCUAAUAGACAGAAAGCAAAGUUACUUAACAAUCUGCUUGUCCGUCUAUAAAUGUUGAGUAUGUGUAUUAAAGAAAAGCAAAAUACAAGCAAGCCCUCGGUGUACUCUUUUAAAAAAAAAG